AUGGAGACGAACGCGAGAACAACGACGCCAUCUUUGAAUGAAGAAGAGACUCCUCUCAGAGGCAUCUUGUGUCUGAAAACCAGUCAAGACAUGAAGAGAAUCGAGGAAACAGAGGAAUGCUUCAUCCUCGAUUUCGAUCCUUUUGAUUUCGUCGACGUUGAAAGGCUUUCUGGUGAUAAAGAUGUGGCCAUCAUCCACGAGAAAGGCCAGGUGGCUUGUAGAGAUUACCCACAUCCAAGGCAUCUUUGCUUGAAUUUCCCCUUUGGAUCAACUCCUAAUGCAACCCAUUGUGAUCUGUGUUACUGUAACGUCUGCGAUGAGCCUGCUCCUUGUGCACAGUGGAUGUCUUCGCAUUGCAAUGUUUCGGACUCUAUGUAG